AUCUCAAAACUCAACUACUCUAGCUUACCAUUUACAAUCAUUAAUUGACCAAAACAAAAAACAAAUCAACAAAACCCCAAAAGCAAACCCUAGUAUCUUGAUUUAAAAAUAAAAAUCUAAAAGGGCAAAAUCGUCCUAAUAUCCAAAUAUUAAAGACACAUAUCUCCCGAAUAGCCACAUUUUUUUCAACAGUUUAUCAACACAUACCUUUCUGGAUUCUUCUCGUUCCCUUUUUACCCCUCGAUUUCACACCCCACAUCAAAAUUAUUAAAAACAAAUUAAAAAAAAAUCUCUUCGUCUUCGCUGAAUUUUUCACUUGCUCAUUUUUAUCACUACAGUAUUUGAUCAAGAAUUCAAAACUGAAAUCAAACCAGAUUUUUAAAUUACCCAUAACCUAAAAACUAAAAAGUUUUUAUUGCUUUAAAUCAAGAACUGGGUCUUUAAUUUUGUUGAAAUUCUUUCGCGGGUUUCAUUUCUUGCACAAUGUCAGGUUCCGGUGGAGUUUCGGUCGCUCGUAGCCGCGGUGAGAAUCGGUUUUAUGUGUCGCCGGGGAUGAGGCAAAAACAGCAGCAGCAGAAGCAAAAGCAGCCGCCGCAGAGGCCGGUGAUUGCGAAGAAUUGUUCGCCGGAGAUGGAGAAAAGAGGAGACUCCGAUCAAUGCGGGUCUUCUUUAUCGUCGUCUUCGUCGUCGGUGGUUUCUAACUGUUCUGUUUCGGGUCGGGUCGGGAUUGAGAGUAAUAAUUCUUCUACUAAUUUAGAUCGGUUCUUGGAGUUUACUACUCCUGUUGUUGCUGCUCAACAUUUCCAUAAGACGAGCAUUAGGAAUUGGAGGAAUCCCCAAGCUGAGUAUCCACCAUACUAUGUUUUGGGGGAUUUAUGGGAGUCUUUUAAAGAGUGGAGUGCUUAUGGCGCUGGCGUUCCGCUUCUGUUGAACGGAAGUGAAAGUGUUAUACAGUACUAUGUUCCUUACUUAUCUGGCAUUCAGUUAUAUAUAGACCCCGCACGACCUUCACCGAGACUUAGGAGGCCUGGUGAGGAAAGUGAUGUCGAAUCGUCCAGGGAGUCUAGUACUGAUGGUAGCAGUGACUAUGUUGAAGAGAGAGGAGUAAAUGGUGUCUUGGGGCGUUGGACUCAGCAAAACAUUUCAGAUGCAAAUAGUCAAAGUUUGAAUAGACUCUCACUGAGAAAUAAACCCUCUAGAGGAUCAUCUAGUGAUGAAUGUGAGGUAUCAAACCCUCCAGGUCGGCUUGUUUUUGAAUUCAUGGAGCAUGCUUCUCCAUUUACUCGUGAACCUCUGGCUGACAAGAUUGUGGCUCUUGCAUCCAACUUUCCUGAACUCAAGACACUUCGGAGCUGUGACCUAUUGCCCUCGAGCUGGAUGUCUGUUGCAUGGUAUCCCAUUUACAGAAUUCCCAUGGGUCCUACACUACAGAAUCUAGAUGCAUGUUUUUUAACCUUUCAUUCUCUAUCGACUCCCUUUCAAAGUCCAAAUACUGACGGGUUCCUUCACGGUUCUAGUGGUAGGGAGGUUCCUGGUACGGACAUGCCAUUUAAACUACCACUGGCUACAUUUGGUCUUGCUUCCUAUAAGUUUAAAGUUUCGUUUUGGAAUCCCAACGGAGUGUAUGAAUGUCAGAAAGUGAACUCGCUGCUGAGGGCUGCUGACAACUGGCUUCGGCUUUUGCAAGUAAACCAUCCUGAUUAUAUGUUCUUUACCUCCCACAACUCGAACUGGAGGUGAUUGGAAAUUACACUGCAUCAUAUAUGAACCUAAAAAUGGAGAACAAAUACGGGCAUAAGCUUGGUAUCGCUGUUUUGGGACUUGACGGAGCAGUGGAUGAUCAUUGAUUCUCAGCCUAAAGUUAUUUUGACUCCCAAAAAAAAUGUAGCCCUACCUAACAGCCUAAUAAUGGUUUGGUUUUGGCUUUUAUGUGAGGAAUUGAAUGUUUUAAGAGAUACAUACGUUGAAGAAGCUUUGUGAUUGGUAGUCAUUAUGGUGUUUGGUCCUGUGGACAGUUUUUCCUGGCCUCAGAACUUUAGGUUUCUACGAACGUUUUAAUAAGUUUGUCGGACGAUGAUGAAAAAGAAAAAUUACCAAAUUUUGUAUA